AAGCUAAUUUGUCACAAUGACUCAAACAACUCCCAAUCACAAGCUUAGCGUCUCCGGCUGGGCAGCUCAUGAUUCCAACGGUGUAAUUACACCUUAUACUUUCAAAAGAAGAGUGAAUGGAGCUGACGACGUUUCAAUCAAAAUCUUGUAUUGCGGGAUUUGUCAUACUGAUAUUCACCAUGUCAAAAAUGAUUGGGGUAUCACUAGGUAUCCUGUUGUUCCCGGGCAUGAAAUAACAGGAUUGAUAACUGAAGUCGGAAGCAAUGUGAAAGGGUUCAAGAUCGGUGACCGGGUUGGGGUAGGAUGCCUUGCGGCGUCGUGUUUGGAGUGUGAAUUUUGCAAGGGGUCAGAGGAGAAUUAUUGCGAACAAAUCCAGUUUACUUACAAUGGCAUCUUUUGGGAUGGCAGUAUCACCUAUGGGGGUUAUUCCGAGAUGUUAGUUGCGGAUCAUAGGUAUGUAGUUCAUGUACCCGAAAGCUUGCCAAUGGACGCGGCAGCACCAUUACUAUGUGCAGGAAUCACAGUGUACUCACCAAUGAUCGACAGCAAGCUGCACGAGUCUACUGGAAAGAGAAUAGGGAUCGUUGGUCUGGGAGGGCUCGGUCAUGUAGCCAUUAAAUUUGGCAAGGCUUUUGGGCAUCAUGUAUCUGUCAUUAGCACCUCCCCAUCAAAAGAGAAAGAGGCCAGGGAGCAUUUAGGUGCCGAGGAUUUCAUAAUCAGCACUGAUCCGAAACAAAUGCGGUCAAAGAGGAGGACACUGGAUUUUAUAUUGGACACUGUAUCCGCACCACACUCGCUUGGGCCAAUUCUGGACCUACUCAAAGUGAAUGGAACACUCGUGCUUGUGGGUGCACCUGACAAGCCUGUUGAGUUGCCUUCUUUCCCUUUGAUCUUUGGAAAAAGAGUGGUGAAAGGUAGCAUGACUGGAGGAAUGAAAGAGACACAAGAAAUGUUGAACUUUUGCGGAAAGCACAACAUAACAUGUGAUAUCGAGACCGUUACAACUGAUAACAUCAAUGAAGCCUUAGACAGAUUAGCCAAGAAUGAUGUCAAGUAUCGUUUCGUUAUCAAUAUCGCAGGCAAAAACUCGAGCCCUUAGUCGAAUUAAUGACUCCAUCAUGUAUUAUUGUAUGUCUUGUACGUUUUCAUGUCUAUGGUCAUGUAUUCUCUUCAAAAUUUUUAUUCCAAGAGCCUUUUGUUCGAUCUAUUAAAAAUUAA